GAAAUAAAAGUUAAGCAACAAGCUGCUGGGGAACCUAGAUCUGAACCCUUUAGUAAAUAUAACUCAUGGAAUCAAAAUGAUGAUAGAGACAAUAACAGAUAUCAUGAUUCCAAUAAAACCAUUCCCACAUAUAAUCAUCAGUAUGCAGAGGAUGCAAAUAGGACUUAUAGCAGGGAAAAUAGUCCUGUAGAACAAUCUCAAAGGAGCAAAAGUCCCAAAAGAGGAAAUAUUCCUCAAAAAGACAUCCAAUAUGAUGAAAACUAUAACGAUAAAAAUGACAGGUCCACAAGAAGGCAAAAUAAAAGGGAGGAGACACAUACACCUCAAAAGAAAAAUUUUAA